AUGGCGGUUUCCGAAACUGAAGGACGAAUGGAGUAUCCGAAAAGGACGGUUGAGAAUGUCACUGAUGAUGAAUCCUCAGGAAGCAAUGAUGAAGAGCUUCAACAAGCUUGUGAAAAGUUUCAAAGAGCAUUUAUUCAUAUAGAAGAACCUUCAACCUCUUCAUACCUAGCUUUAGUUCUAGAGCCUAAAGUUGUGUGUGUUUACCAGGACAAGGAAGGUAUCCCACCUGAUCAACAGAGAUUGAUUUUUGCUGGCAAACAAUUGGAAGAUGGCCGAACUCUUGCGGACUACAACAUCCAGAAGGAGUCAACACUUCAUCUGGUUUUGAGGCUUAGGGGAGGAACUAUGAUUAAGGUGAAGACUCUCACUGGAAAAGAAAUUGAAAUUGAUAUUGAACCAACUGAUACCAUUGACCGGAUCAAGGAACGGGUUGAAGAGAAAGAAGGAAUUCCUCCAGUGCAGCAAAGCCAUGUUGCAGUUAGUUAA